AUGACCGGAAUCGCACUGCUUGGAGCAGGCAUCUUCGCGCGGGAGGAGCACCUCCCCGCCAUCGAAGCCAGUCCAACCCUGACCCUCAAAGCAGUCUACUCGCGCUCGCAGCAGUCGGCUGAGGCGCUGGCUGCCGCCUCAAAGGACCCCUCGUCUGUAGCAGUUUACUUUGACAAGCCCGCCGUCGAGGGCAAGACGCUCGACGACCUGCUCCAGCGCGACGACAUCGCCGCCGUCGACAUCGCCCUGCCCAUCCUGCACCAGCCGGGCGUCGUGGAGAAGGCUCUGAAGGCGGGCAAGCAUGUGCUGUCGGAAAAGCCUGUUGCCGGCGACGUCGAGUCGGCGCAGAAGCUGAUUGCGUGGUAUGAGGGGGCCCUGGGCGGGGGCAAGCCGCUUUGGGGCGUGGCGGAGAACUGGCGGUAUAUGGAGUCGAUUCGGUAUGCGGCGCAGAGGGUGCGGGAGAUUGGGGGUGAGCUGGUGACGUUUCGGCUGGUGAAGAAUGGGUCUGUGCGGUCGGAUAAUAAGUAUUUCAACACUGAGUGGCGCAAGACUCCGCAAUAUCAGGGCGGUUUCCUGCUUGAUGGCGGCGUCCACUUUGUGGCUGGCCUGCGGUUCCUUCUUGCGGCGGCAGGCCAGGACAUCAAGCAGGUGGCGGGCUUCACGGCGCUGCUCGAUGAGAAGCUAAUCCCCGUUGAUACUAUUCACGCCGUGGCGCUGACACGGGACGGCAAGCCCGGCACCAUCGGCAUCUCGUUCGGCACCGAGUUCAAGUCUGACACGGAAGUUGAGAUCGUUACGACGAACGGCGUCGUCUCGUGGAACCCGACCGAGGUGAAAACGGUCGCGCGGAAAGGCGACAGGAGCGAUGAGAGGGUUGAGGAGAAGAAAGAGUUCCCUUACAGCUCAGGCGUCACCGAAGAGGUUGCAGCGUUCGCCAAGGCAAUCGAGGCCGGCAAGAUCGAGGCUAUCCAAACCCCAGCGGAGGCGCUCAACGACCUGGAGAUCCUGCAGAGGCUGCUCGAGUCGGGUGCCGGCGGCGCGACGGUGAAGUCGAUCGGGGUGUAG